ACCGCUGUCCGCUGUACACACCAGGUUCGAGGGCUCGAGCCUGGUUGACCUGAACCUGCGCUCGUCAACGAGUCCCGACCGCAUCGGUCUGACGGUCUCUCUACGCGCAACGACGAAGGUUCUCGAAUCCCCUCCUCCCUUCGGCCUCGCCUUAUUAUUCUCCGCUGAACAAGCCUAGUUUACAUCGCGAAGGGCGGCAAGGCAGAUCCAGGGCGACCAUGGCUUACGUCGAGAGAGGUGUUGUGAAAGACAAGCGGACUAUAUGGCGACUGAGCAUAAUCUCAGACUUCUUUCGGGCUAUUGUGAACUUCAUCAGAAUCUUCUUUGACACACUGUUCUCAGUGGACAAAACUGACAGCUACAAGAAAGGAUAUGGUGCUGGUAAGAAGUGGGAUGGUGGACCCGGGGGUGGUGGUGGGCGGGGCCCAUAUGGCGGUGGAGGUGGUGGUGGAGGUGGAGGAUUUGGCGGCGGAGGAGGUGGUUCACGCGGUCCUCGCACUCUAUCUGACAUCCAAUCCAAUGACCACAGUUCUCUACCUGCUUGUGGAUCCUGCUGCGGCUAAUAGGCGCACAACGUUCUGCUUGAUGACUGCUUAACAGAUGAAUAAACAUGCAAUAUGUCCUGAAGGACAUCAUAGCAAUUGAUAUGUAUUUCACUGUCAGACUAUUGUAUUAUAAUCAGUGAGUCGUUUAUUAACAGCCUAUUUACUCUGUAGCUUGACUCUGGCACGAUUCACUUGGUACAUUCAUGGUUUAUCUUUCGUGUACUGCUGUCUGGUUGCAUAGUAACUAUACCAGUUGGAAAGUCUAAUAAAUUAUCUGGUGUGAUGUUCCCUUAA